AUGUAUGUUACCGGUCUAAAUGAAGCAUUUCAUAUCAAUCGAAACACCUUGUUCAAAGUUACAUUCCUAGCUGGCGUAUAUAGUUCUCCACAGGGUCCCCUAGUCGUACAAAUUAUGGUCAAUGAUUACUUGAUUAUCGGAAACAAAGUUGUACCGAAUACCGCUGCGCGUAUUAAUUAUAGUUUGGGUAUAUCAAUAGAUAUCGUUGACAUGUCGAAUGGCUUCCAGCAAGUAGACUCAGGUGUUAUCGGAAUUAUGCUGCCUUUGACAAGAGUAGCGUAUGUCUAUUUAGCACCUGGUGUUUACUCGUUCAAUGUUGGAGCACGUAGUUUCCGAUCUCGCGGUGUUAUUGAUGGUGCAACUGUAACAUAUGAAUUAACACAAUCACAGGAUGCUAAUGAGAACACGAUAGGGGCAUUCCCAUUAAUUACAACAUUUUCCAAAUAG